AUGAAUCUCCGAUCGCGGCUGAGCCCGAAGGGGUUUGAUCCGAUCCGGUACCCGUCGCCUCGGUACUGGCUGCUAUGGCCCGGGGUGAUGCUUAUGCUGUGUGCGUCGUUCGCGGAGAUCUUUAUGAGCGGGGGGAUUAUAUGGCGCGGGAUUAAGCAGGUGUUGCAGUCGAUCUACUACAAAAUACGGAGACAAGAGUCGCAGGUGUUCAAGGAUGCGAUUGAUGACCCGGCGCCGCCUCAUACACAGAUUCCGUCAUGGCAAUGGGUGCCUCUGCUGGUGCUUUCGGCGGUUUUUACGUGUCUGGUUCUUUUCUUCCAGUACGGCAUAGGGAUUGGGCUGUCGCUUUUGUCGAUUCUGCUGGGGUUCGUUUUUUCAUUCAUAGGAGCACAGUCGACGGGGGCGACGGACGUGAAUCCGCUGUCAACGUGUGCCAAGAGUUCCCAAUUGAUUUUUGGGGCGAUAUCAAGCGGGCAAAAGAUGGACGAGGUGCUAGCACAGCGGCUUAACCUUAUAGCGGGGUCGGUGGCGGCGUCGUCGGCGUCUCAGUCAGUCGACAUGAUAGGAGACUUGAAAACGGGGCAUCUUCUUGGGGCACAGCCGAGGGUUCAGUUUUACGCACAGAUUAUCGGGUCGUUUUUUUCGAUUUGGUUGAGCGUAGUUCUUUACAUUUUGUUCAGCAAAGCGUAUCCGUGUUUCACGUCUCAAUUCAUGCCGGAUUAUCCGCCGACGGAGACGUGUGUGUUUGGAGCACCGGCGGUGGCGGCAUGGAGGGCAAUUGCGAGCGCCAUGACGAAUCCCGAGCUGCAGGUUCCCCCGUCUUCGGGGUAUACGUCGAUCGUGCUUGGUAUCGUAUCGGUGGUAGCUGUGGUGUUUAAGCAUUCGUAUUGUCCGCAAAAGUACCGGUCUUAUAUCCCGAAUUUCAAUGCGAUUGGGUUGGGAUUCGUUGUGCCGCAGACGUAUUACGCGACGGCCAUGAUUAUCGGAGCCAUUAUAGCCCAUUACUGGAAGAAACAUAAGCCGGUGUCGUACGAUAUUUACGCUCUCGCGAUUGCGACGGGUUUUGCCGCAGGAGAAGGCAUGGGGGGUGUGGUGAACGCUGUUUUGCAGAUUUCGGGGUUGCCUGGUCACAAGUAUGGUACACGGGUUGGGUGUUCUUACGAUACAUGGUGUGGUUGA